AUGACUGACAAACUUCCUCCCAAUUUGUUAAAGUUGUUUGCGCCUCGCCCUCCUUUAUCUUAUGUCCCACCUCUUGAUAAGGACCCUGAGAAGCGUGUGGGCUGCAUCGUAGGCGGCAUCGCGUCCUAUGUCGAUGAGCUAAAGAACUACGAUGCUGACUAUGUUCCUUGGAAAUCCCUGGAGGAGAAACGAAAAGAAAAGGCAGAGAUGAAGCGAAAGAAAGCCGAGGAAGCAUUACAAGAGGCUUUAGCUAAAUAUGACCCUGAGCAAGAUGAGAAUAUCGACGGCGACCCUUUCAACACAUUGUUUGUCACCCAUUUGAGCCCAGAACUGACAGAAUCAGAUCUCAUGAGCGAAUUUGAAUUAUAUGGACAGAUCAAAAAGAUUCGUCUCAUUCGUGACAAGGAAGGCAAAUCUCGCUGUUAUGCAUUUAUAGAGUUUGAGAGAGAAAAAGACAUGCGUGCGGCUUAUAAGGAUGCAGACGGCUUAAAGAUCCUGGGACGUCGUAUCUUGGUAGAUGUUGAACGUGCUCGUACUGUGAAGGGUUGGAAACCUCGUAGAUUAGGCGGCGGCCUUGGCGGCAGAGAACAGCAACGAUCAUCAUCAUCUCAUCACUCAAUGAGCAACCGUCAUGCCAGUCGUGAUCGUUCAUCUUACAGUGAUCGCGAUAGACAUAGAGGAGGAGGCAGCAGCAGUUAUAGAGGCGGAGGAGGAUAUAAUAGCAGAGACGACGAUAGAAAGAGAUCUCGUAUGCGCUCACGAAGCAGAAGUCCAAAAGGAUACAAAGACAGAGUUGAUCGAUACGGUGGUGGUGGCCGUGGUGGCAGAGAUAGAUCAAGAGACCGUAUGGGCAGUAGUAGCAGAAGAGAUAGAUAUUGA